AACGACUUUGACUCCUUUGACUGGACAAUUUUGUCAAUGAUUGGACAUUUUUCAGUUUUGUUUUUUUUGCAUUUUGUAAUUUUACUCACAGACCAGUAAAAUAUUGCAAAACAAGCCAACGUGAAAAAAAAUUGCAAAUUAUAAUAUCACAUAUUGUUGCUUUCAGAAUUCGAUAAUUCAGGUGUAUUUGUAACGUUAUAAUAUGUCUUCCGAUCCUUUAUUUGGAUGGGAUCUAACUUUCAAGACCGUUGAAAAAGAUAUUAAACAAAAAUCUGAUGUUGUUGUUGCCUUUAUUCAUUGGAAUUUAAUAAAAAGAGGUUUUCGCAGUAUUGGAAUUGGUGAUGAGAGCACACUGACAGGUGAUGAGUCUAAAAGUGAACUGCUGCCGGCAGGUUGGAAUGGCAGCGGGAAUUACACUCUGCGCUAUGUGUUUGAAGAGAAGCUGUUUAUUUUGCAUGGAUUAACCACUAAUGGAAAUCUUAUUGUGAAUUUAAUGAGAUCAGUAGACUUGGCAGUGUCAAACAUAGCAGUCACAAUAGAGGAGAUGGUGAACCAAACCAGUGGCUCAAUAGACAAGAUGCUGCCAAACUACAAGGAGUUCAUGCAUAACAUCAAGAGAGACCUGAUUGACACUAUCAUAGAUAAACCCACAAGCACAGCUCAGACUCAAACAGCAAACACUACUUCAGCCACAUAUAGAAAUUCAAAUGAUGAUCCUCUCAGAGUGAUGCCAAGACCCAUGCCUGGAGUUGUUCCUGACAACCAUGACUUAUGGGAUUUGCCGCCGAAUCUGCGAAAUGUCGGCAGAUCUGAUCUGGACCCAUUCGCACCACCUGGCGGUGGAAUGAUCUUUAACCCUUUCGGCCCCAUCAGGGAUAUUGAGAGCCCAGGCUUAGGCAUCCCUGGGGGACUUCCUAGAGGCUCGGUGCCUCCCGGAGCUCGAUUCGACCCAUUCGGGCCGCCAGGCGUCGGGCCUCUGCCUGGCCGGCGUCCCCCGCCGCCCGACGCCGACCACUUCCCGCCACCCGGCGAUAACAUGUUUAUGUAAUAAGGAUCUAUAUCUUGCAUAAGUUUAUCCAUCUAUACUAUAGAAGAAAAGCUAUGUAAAGCCAUCAAUAAAUUUAUAUUAUUUGAA